GAUGGCAGUAACACCAUGUGAAUUAAAAUGGCUGAUCGCGAGAGGAGGGAGCGUGAAAGAUGGCUUUGUGCAUUAGAUUAAUUUGUUUUCUUUAAUAGGGUUUGACUAUUCUGUCGUAUAAUGUGUUGGCAGAAUUUUCGUACAACAGUAUACAUUGAUACGGUUUGGCAAGAUGGAAGUUCAUGAGUUAAUUAUGCUAAUGCUGUAUACGAGUAGUUACGCUUGUUGGGCAAGUAGGCCAAGAGGUUACUGCGCUGUCAGAACACAUUUACAUAAAACAGUUAAAUGAAGAUUUGUUAUAUCUGAGGUAAAUGAAAAACAGAACUAGGAGGAAUAUAUGAUUGUAAUGCAUUGAUUAUAAUGAACGAGGAUGCUGUACAGUGAAGAAGUGUUGCCAUUAUGGGCCGUGGCAGUGGGAGCGGCCGUACCCCUUGUUGCUGUGCUGAUUGCUUGUAUCUGCUGCAGGAAAACUGUACCAAAGAAUGAAUUACUGGGACUUGCAGGCAUGGUGAAAAUAACCAAUUCUGAAGAGAAUUUGAAUCAUAACCAGCACUCAAAUGAGACUGAUGCUUGCACUGUGAUUGGCAGUGGCGUGCCUUGUGCUGACAACACAGAAUCAAACAAAAGGGCCUCAGCCACAGCGAACAGAAGUCUUCCAGACAUUCCAAUUGAUUCAGAAAGAAUCCAGUUGGAAAGUGGUGAAACCUUGUGGGAGAGCAAUGAACCGAACGGAGACACAAGCUCUGAACUGUAUGCUACUGUAGAAGAGAACAAGCAUGUUACACAGCCACAGGCAACAAGAAUAGCCAUUGGUGCCAACCAGAAGUGCUCUCUGCAAGAUGGCCUUACAGAUGAAAGCAAGAGCAGUGAGCACAGUUCCUUGAGUCAGACAGAUUACAGUGUUUCUCCGUAUGCACAUCUCAAAGCAGAGCAUCCGUAUGACAAACUGAGGAGUGAACACCCAUAUGCACAAGUUGGAGCAAAUAAUGUGCUGGACAGCACCAUCUAUGACUUGACUCUUGGUUAUGGAAAUCGUCAACCUUCUGUGCCGAGUGAGGACUCUCAGUCAUUGCACCCCAGUACAAGUGGUGACAACACUCCAAGGCCUUUAUCCUGUCAGGCAGGGACUUCGACCAACCCUGUGCCUCCACCAAGAACAAGAAAGUCCUCUUCCCAUAACUCCCUUUUGCUGGCACCAUCUGCAACAAUACUCCCAGGUUCAGUGCCCAACAUCCAAGCAGCAACAGCUAUAGCAGGCUGGGUAUCUGCUAACCAGGAAUUACCUUACAUGACUCCUCCAAUCCCAGCUCCAGAGAUGAACCCACCACAGCAGGAACAAGUGAACUUCAGUGGUGACUCCCAGGACUCCAAGGGCUAUACAAGUAUCAGUGUGAGAGAACCACUUGCAAAUAUAAAAGCACGAACCAAAGUGCCAAAUCAGAGGAGCAGAACUCAGGAGCUGGUGGAUUCCCAUUAUGCCACAGUAUCAGAUGAUUCUGAUGAGAUGUACGCUGCAAUAGAUGAGCCAGGACAGGUGUAUACAAGUGGAAGUGAAACAUAUGCUCAGAUACAACCUUUGGCAUUUCUGGAAGAAACUCCUGAAUUGGCUUCUGACAGUUUGCAAUAUCCUCCACAGCCUCCAAGUGUUGACAGUUUGAAACAGGUGGCCCAAGUUCAUUCUCGUCAAGCUUCUUCAUCGAGUGCUGCCAGUUCCGUCGCAAACCUCGGCUCCCCAAAACCUGAGAAACGGCAGGCCAACUCCCCGUUGCCACCACCUCCUGCUAGCAGCCCUGAUCUGUACGCUGUUGUAGAUAAAAAGAGCAGUGCAGGUCUGGCUGUAAGUCGUAACCUUGAGGAGAUGUAUGCAAAGGUGAUGAAGAAGAAGCAGCGGGGUGUUGGACCAGAUAUGGAUCAAGGUCGGCAACCAGGCACAAGUUUGCCGGAACACGCAGACAACUUGAGCCAUGCUUCCAUCGAUACAGUCUCAAGUCAUGGAUCUCCAGAGUUACGAAGUCAACAAGAACCAGAUGGCAUCUCUGCAUGUAGCUCAGAUCAUGACCCUGUUGUGGGACUUGGUUCUGCAACCAGGCAACUUCUCCCAUCCUAUGAUGUGCUCCAUAGUUCACCAUCUCAUCAGUUUCUAAUGCCAACUGAUGUUGUAGACCCAAAUUAUGAGAGUCUUGGUGGACCCAGCAGCAUUGAUACUUCUUACCAUGACCCAGGUUAUGAAGUGGUGCAGCAGCAUCUCUCAGAUUGUGAUCCAAAUUAUGAGGAACUCUGGCCUCAGUCCAGGGACUCUCCAGCGACAAAUUUGAAGGUGAAUUUUGUCCACACAGACAGUGUAAGUCAUCCUGUGGAGGCUAGCACAAACAAAAAUGGCCAGCUUGAGGCACCAGGUAGGUUAGGUAUUGAUCCAGGAUAUGAGCAAGUGAGGUCUGGUGCAAACCAGAUCCCAAAGGACAGUGAGUCAGGACCACAUUCUAUUGAUAGGCUGGAUCCAGGUUAUGAAAAAGUGAGGUCUGCUGUGCAGGAAAUGAGCUAUAUGAGUGUAAAUAAGUGUGGUUCUUUAAAUCAGGGAGCCAAACACGUUGCAGAUGCAGAUUAUGCCAGUGUAGUGACGAACAACAAUGCAGUGCAACCUGAUCCAGGGUAUGAGCAGGUCAAAUCUCAGAAUGGAAGUGACUGGGAAAAUCAUGCCACAAACAAACACAGUAACAGCAGUGAAGACGAUUUCCCAGGGUAUGAUCAGGUCACCUUGCAAGACAGAUGCAGCGGUUCCUUCUUCAGCGUCUUGAGGGACGGUGACAACCAGUUGACGAAUUCCCACCCCAGUUACGAGAGAGUGCACUCAAAAGGGUCAAGUGAUGCAGAUACAUAUAGUGGCCCAGAGCCAGACUAUGCCAGUGUAGACAGGAAAAGGGAUCCUGAACCAAAUUAUGAAAGCAUGUCAAGUGAAGGGCAAGACAUGCUCUCUAGCACAGUAGAUGACCCAAACUAUGAAAGUGUCAGUUACUUUGAUUUACCAUGUGACCCACCAUAUGAGAGAUUACACAAUGAAAUCAGAGACUCAGAUGGUGCAUCUUCAGGAUAUGAAAAGGUCAAGGAUCACAGUGAUCUUUCUGUUGGUGGUCCUGAUGAAAAACAGCUGAAAGGCAGUUAUUUGGAACCAGGGUAUGAGGAAGUGGGCAUGAGGUGGGACAUUAUUAAUGGUGACUCUGCUGCAGGUUGUAACAGUUCCUUCAGCAUGGAGUCACUCCUGCCAGAAAGUUCUUGCCAUCUGAAGGAAGGCAAUGGAAAUUUGUGCCAACCUCAGCUCCAAACCAGCCCCACAAAAAUGUAGCAUUUGGUAAACACUAGAUUAACCAUCAGUUGGAAUAGCCUCAUAGACAAUAUUUUCUAGUAUAAAUAGAUGUGAAUUUUGGGAAAUAAUAUUAUAUUGUAUUUAAUGCUCACUGUGUAUAGUUAAGGAAAAAUGUAGCUUUUAAUUGACUGUAAUAUAAGCUCAUACUGAUCAAUGCCUGUACAGUUUUGUAGUAUUUUACACAGUGAUGGUUACUUAGAAGUUGUGGAAUAUCUUCAGUUUUAACAAAGUGAAAGUGCCUAAAUGCAUCACAUAAAUAAUGCAAGGACAGAGCAUUUUAUGCAUCCUAGGAAAUUGACCCCAUCCCCAAUGUAACUAUUGUUCUGCAGUGAAGAGAUGGUGAGUCAAUUAGCAAGGCCUGCCCACAUUUAAUAUGCAAAUUAAGAACACCAGCAUGAUUUUCAGAUUAUUGUUACUGUUGUUUUAUAGUCAGUUGAAUUACUUGCAAUUAAUAAAGGUUUCCUUCUUAUUUAUUAUGAA